ACGAAACAUCGCCCCGGCAUGACAGGCAGAACUGAGAGGGGGGAGGGGAGAACACCACCGGUGAAAGGUAAAAGGUGAAAGGUGAACAGACCUCUUCUUCCCCCAUAAAUCAUACCUCAGGGGAAAACCAGCGACGAAUGCCGUUGAACGGAGAGGGGAAAUCCGACGAGUUUCUGCUGGGAUUUGCCCCUCCCUGCGCAGAGGUUACCACCACUGACCAGCGCGUCCCGAAUUUUCCUUGCCUUCGAUCCUCUCUUGACGUCCGAGCUCCCUUAUCAAUAUCAUUCCUGGGACCAUUCUUUUUUCGUUCCAUGCUUAUUUCCCUUUUUAUUUAUUUUUUCCCUUUCCUACCGUCAAGUGCGGCUCACCCUAAUAUUUUCUCCACCCGGUCUCUUCUUCUCAUAUACUCCAUUGCCCAUCCAUCCUCACCCGUUUCCUUCGGAUUCACUUCUUUGUAUCUACUUCUUCCUUCACUCUUCAACUGCUCUUGCAUUCAUUUCCUGCUCGGCUUCUCCCCCUUCCGCCAGCUUCACCUUGCUUUUGCUCUUUUUUUCUUUUUCUCUGAAUGUUUUAGUCCCCUUUCACCUUCCGUUUCAACUAGAUGUCGAGCCCACAAGGUAAGUACCGUUGAUCUACUACUAUCCAGAAUGAUUUUUCCUUGUCUGCUUUUAUCGCAUUCCCAUUCGCCUGCCUGGGAGGGAAUGAAAGCUCUCGCCGCGGCGAUUUGUGGCCGGGAUCCUCGUCACUCUUUGUCACUCCCAUUCUGUGCCACUGCCCGGGAUUUGUCUCGUAACACCACCUUGUUGGCUGUAUCCGCCCUCCGACCCCGGCUUUGCCUCCAACGCUCCUUCUGAUACCUUGGGACAUUCUGACAUCAAAGUCACACCACUUUCCUCGCACCUGGCAUGAUCCUUUACUUCUUCCAUACCUCUCCCCCCUUCCUGUGAUGAUCGCUCAUAAUAUAUCAACAGACGCCGUUA